GAAACGUGCAUUAUUUUUUUCUCUUAUUUUAUAGUAAUCUAAUAAUGGCUAAGCAUCAUCCAGAUCUGAUAUUUUGCCGAAAACAACCUGGAGUUGCCAUUGGCAGACUAUGUGAAAAAUGUGAUGGUAAAUGUGUCAUAUGUGACUCGUAUGUCCGACCAUGUACAUUAGUCAGGAUAUGUGAUGAAUGUAAUUAUGGUUCAUAUCAAGGACGUUGCGUCAUAUGUGGAGGCCCUGGUGUGUCAGAUGCUUAUUAUUGCAAAGAGUGCACCAUUAUGGAAAAAGAUAGAGAUGGCUGUCCGAAGAUAGUUAACCUUGGCAGUGCCAAAACAGACUUGUUUUAUGAGAGAAAGAAAUAUGGUUUUAAGAAAAGAUAGUUCCUUGACAAAUUUUUUUUUUUUUUUUUUUACAACGUUGUCUUGCAUUUGUUAUUCAUUUGUAAAUGUAUCAUAAUAAAUAACAGUAACAUUUGUAUACAUA